AUGAAGGACAAUAAGCCGGAGGCCUUCUGGCAGGAAACAGGUCGAUGGGGGGGCUACGAGGAGAGCUUUGACCCUCAAUCUGGUGUGUGGGCAUCCUCACACGUGUCCUACCUCACCUUUAAGAGCCUCAUCCAGCUGCGGCGCACCAUGAACACAGGUCAGAGAAGAGCAUAUGCACAAUGAGUAUUUGCUGUUUCACAAAAACAUGUUAGUGUCUAAUUUUAGGGUGAAAAUGACUGAGUACAUCUUCACAUAAGCUUUCCACAGGGUGCUUGCUUGUCCUCCUGCAAUCCACAAUAAUUUAGAUAUAUCUAACAGUUACAAAUAUUGUGAUGACCAAGAAACAAUUCAAUUAAUGCAUCUAGGCAGAUCUACUAAAAGCAUUACUGUGAAAGACAUGUUAUCAAAUUUUUAUAGUGUUCAUGUUGUUUUAUCAUUAUUGUCUUUGUGCUGUUGAUAUAAUAUAUAAGGAGCUAGUUUCUCUGUGUUCUCUGAUCACGUGUUUCCUCAUGGGAGUGCCUAAAUUAAACCCCUUAAAACAAGUAAGUUUCAGCAUUUUUAGCUCUUAUUGCAUCUUUAAACACUGUCUCUCCACAUAUAAUCAUCACUCAUUUGUUGCACAUAGGUGUGGCUGUUUUUGACUGUGAGGAGCAGACUUUGGCUAGCAUUUCCGAGAAGAUGGUCAACGAAAUGGUGAACAAGAAAGAAAUCAGACCUGGAGACCGAGAAGGAGUGCUGAAUGCUCUGCUUCAAAACCGCAGGUAUUCUUAACAUAAGGGUCAAAGUAGAGGGGUAAGUGGGACUAACUUCCCAGGACCCCAGUCAAGAAGGGGCCCUCACUGAAAUUAAAACCUAAUUUUUGUAACUUUUUUUGUAACAUUCAGAAAUAAUAGAAAAAAUAUAUAUAUUUUUGACUGGCAAAAACCUUAAGUAGAACCAGACUUAUGUUGAGCAGCCAUCUGCCUCUACUAUGCCUGGAUUGGAAAGGAGAUGCUGUUAUUAAAUCUGCCACCUCACAGACAUCCAGUCCUAUAUCCCAGCAGCGCCCUUCCCUUGCAAAGUAAGGGUGUUCUGGAUUUAGACCACACUUUUGAGUUACACUCUGAUCCCAGCUUUUGAAAAUCUGUGCUACUUUGGGCUGCCAUCUUUGAAAGAAAAGGUCCUGAGUUCAGAUCCAAUGCAGGAACAGGUCGAGUUUAAGGAAGGGGCAUGAAAUAAAAGGCAGGAAAAGAGGAGUCAUGGGAAGUGAGGGAGGAAAGAUAAAGAAAGAUAAAGUCCACAUUCCUACAAUUCCUCCACAACUUUUUGCCAUGACAAAAGGUCACUUGUGAAUGCUUUUUAUCCCUUUCCAUCUUCAUAUGUACUUUUGUUUUAUAUUUAUAAAAGGCAAUAUCACUUUUUUUCUCCUUACAGCCAAUCAGACCCUGAGAGUCAAGCUCUGACUGAUGGGGUGGACCUGCAGAAGUUUUCCAUCAAGGAGAGGGUAAGAUUUUUAUGUGUUUAAAGCAAUGUGAAUGUAUUACUGAGGGUAACAUGAUCUGGAAUAAAUAAAAAAAGGUGAGAUGCUGGCGCAGAUUUUUAAAGUGAAAGUGUCAGGAGUAAAAUCCCUUUGACAGUCUUUCAGGGAAAUAAAGUACAGAGAAUUCUGCUUUUGAUGUCUUUUUAGGAGUGUAAAUUAUGUUUUUUUUCCCCCUCUGACAGACACAACCUGUUCUUUUGGAUUGCUUAACCUUAUGCAGUACAGCAAAUGUUGUUCAUAUUCCCACUCACUAAACAAUGAAAAUGGAAACUUUUAAGAUUUAUGAUGGUUAAUACGAGCUGCAAUUAGCAUUUUGAAAUAGAUUUUAAAAUGCAGUUUUUAAGUGUGGUACUAAUGCAAAUUGAAGAAUGUUGGCCUGACAGGUCUUCUUAUUAUGUGUGUGUGUUCUUUAGAGGGAUGAAUCUGAUCGUGUUGAGGCCUCCAUGGUGCUAGUAGGUAUGUCAGUCUUGACCAUGAUUUUAUACAGAUCCAGAGAACAUACUGUACAACUAUACAUGUACGUUUAUUGGUGAAAAAGCAUUUGUGUUGACAUUUUGUCUUUCUGCUUGUGUGUUUAAACCAGGAGCUUUAGACUUUCUCGACAGACCCACAGUUGUGUUUGUCCGUCUGAAGGAGGCGACUGUACUCGACUCUGCUUUGGAGGCUCCAGUGCCCGUACGCUUUGUGUUUGUCUUGGUUGGUCCAAGCAAGACUGACAUGGACUACCAUGAGACUGGCCGGGCCAUGGCAGCUUUGAUGGCAGACAAAGUGAGUUAGCUGUAGCAGGUUAUCCAUGUUAUCAGACACUGGUUAGAAGAGGGUCAUUUUUAGUCUUCACAGUUUCAAUCACUGUUUAAUCAAAUUCUCUCAUGUUAAACACUAGAUGAUCUCUAGGUUUAUUGUUGCAUAAAGCUUAUGUCAAUUUGGCUCAGACCAGCUCACUGUGGCUCAUUAUUCAUUUCAUUAUAUCCCUCUCAGGUGUUCAACCAGGCAGCAUUACAGGCAAAGAGUGCCAGAGAGCUGACUGACGCCGUGGUUGACUUCAUGGAUUGCAGCAUCGUCAUCCCACCCACAGAGAUCCAGAACGAAGCGAUGCUUUCAUCGAUCAUCAGCUUUCAGAAGAAACUGCUUCAGGACAGAUUACAGCCCCCUGAGUCAUCUGUCCAACUGGACUCCAAACCUCGAAAAGGUGAAAAAUUGUGGUUUAAACAACAGCAAACCUGACUAUGAAUGGCUUCUGUUUCAUGAUACUGACACUUACACUUUUCUUCAGUUUCCACCUCUUCAGGGCCUCUUCCUGAAGACCCCCUGUCUCGGACAGGCCGACCGUUUGGUGGAAUGAUUAAAGACGUAAAGAGGCGUUUUCAGUAUUACAAGAGUGACAUCACAGAUGCCCUUAAUGCACAAGUCCUUGCAGCAAUCAUUUUUAUCUACUUUGCUGCCCUGUCUCCUGCCAUCACCUUUGGAGGACUGCUGGGUAUGUGAUGACAUAUGUUUGUAUAAGGCCAUAAACUAUUAACAUCAUAUGGGUGUAAUUAUGGUUGAAAGCAAGUGGCAACCUCUUGAACUGUAAAUCAAAGACCAAUGCUGAAUUGCAAAAAACAAGCUAGUGAGGCUAGCUCCAAAAGCUGGGGUAUCUCCAUCGAGCCCCACAUGUUUGUGCUGCUGUUUGGUGGGAAUUCUCUGAUUACCAUUCGCUGCCUUCUUUGUCUCUUCAGCUGAUAAAGUGGAAAACAUGAUGGGUGUACCAGAGCUCCUCAUCUCCACCAGCAUUCAGGGGAUCAUUUUCUGCUUUAUUGCUGCCCAGCCUGUUUUGGUCAUUGGUUUCUCUGGUCCUCUGUUAGUGUUUGAGGAGGCCUUCUUUGCUGUGAGUAAUAAUACCGAACCAUAACCACAAGUAGUUGAACUGGAGAGUUUUUAUAAUCUCAGCUAUGGUUUCUUGUGUUCAGUUCUGCAAGUCACAGGAUAUUGAGUACAUUGUGGGCAGAGUAUGGGUUGGAGUGUGGCUGGUCAUCAUUGUGGUGAUCAUUGUGGCCUUUGAGGGCAGCUUCCUGGUGCGCUUCAUCUCCCGCUUUACCCAAGAAAUUUUCUCCAUCCUCAUCUCUCUCAUCUUCAUCUAUGAAACCUUUGCCAAGCUGGGAAGGGUAAAAGCAUUUCCAUCCAUUCCUCACUUUUCUUCCAUCCACAUAUCACCAGAUCCUGUGUAAUUACCCCCUGCUGACUUACCUUUAGAUCUUCAGAGCUCAUCCGCUGAUCUUGAACUAUGAUCACUUGAAUACGACUGUGGAAAAUCCAUGGCACCUAAAGGUGGAGGAGACAGUCAUUUAUGACAAUGCUACUGGAAACACAACCAUUAUCAUCAACACAAUAAAGCCACCUUAUCCCAACACAGCCUUGCUCUCCAUGUGCCUCAUGUUGGGCUGCUUCUUCAUCGCUUAUUUUCUCCGCCAGUUUAAGAAUGGCACUUUCCUUCCUGGAAAGGUAAGUUGGCUGAGCAGCACAUGGACUCUGCCAAUAAUAAAUGGACUAGGUUUUUUUACAUUUUAUACUCUUGGCUCUUGAUUUGCUUUUGUUUUUGCAAUCAUUUCCUGCUAGGUCAGACGUUUGAUUGGUGACUUUGGUGUGCCCAUUUCUAUUUUCCUUAUGGUGGUUAUAGACUACAACAUUGAGGAUACAUACACUCAGGUAGGUCCACCAUUCAAAGCUCGUAAACAAAAUGUAUGUGCUGACUACAAGCCAAAUCUAUUUUUCAGGAAAAGUCUCAAGACAGAAGACAGUUUUAUAUAUUAGAAAUGGCUUUGCCUUGUUAAUGUCAUUCCUCCUGGUUUUACUUCACAUUAAUAGACCUGUUUUGUCCAUUUGAAGUGAUAAAUGGCAACAACAGCAGUCUUUUUCCUGCACAAAAAUGUACUCCUAUCUUUGCAGAAACUGGUGGUGCCCAAAGGUCUGAUGGUAUCCAAUCCAGCCAAAAGAGGCUGGCUCAUCAACCCCUUUGGAGAGCACCAGGCCUUCCCUGUGUGGGUGAUGAUUGCGUGCUGUGUCCCAGCCAUGCUGGUCUUCAUCCUGAUAUUUCUGGAGUCUCAGAUCACAACGUGAGUUAUUUCAUUUCAAUUAUCAACCUUAAAAAAUAAAAAUGAUCCCCUUUUAACUAAGCUUUUUUUCUUUGUUGUUUGGAAACUCUGACAGUCUGAUUAUAAGUAAACCUGAGAGGAAGAUGAUUAAAGGAUCUGGCUUCCACUAUGACUUGCUGGUUUUAGUGGGCAUGGGAGGUCUCAGUGCGAUAUUUGGUGUGCCAUGGCUCAGUGCUGCCACGGUGCGAUCUGUCACUCAUGCCAAUGCACUCACUGUGAUGAGCAAAGGACCGAAACCUGUGAUUGAGAAAGUGAUGGAGCAGAGGAUCAGCGGCAUCGUGGUGGCCCUGCUGGUUGGUAGGUGCCAUUAAACCAUCCGAUCAUAAUACGUUAAUUCCACAACUUUAUCCUCUGAAACAGUGAUCGCUCUUCAUCUGAAUAUCUUUUUGUGACCAGGUCUGUCCAUACUGAUGGAGCCGAUCCUAAAGAUGAUCCCAAUGGCUGCCUUGUUUGGGAUCUUUCUUUACAUGGGAGUUACAUCACUCAAUGGUAUCCAGCUAUGGGAUCGAAUGCUGCUUCUGCUCAUCCCCAAAAAAUACCACCCUGAUGAACCCUAUGCCACCAGGGUAAGACCCACACUCACAAAUGAUAACUCCAGUACUUUAGAAAAACAAUGCAACACCUUUUUCUAUGAUUUUACAUAAUAUCUUAACAUUUUACUUGAAAAUUUCCUUCAAAAGAGGAGGACUCCAAAUUCAGAGAGGCCUAAUACCAGUUCAAUAGGAAGUUUAAAAAGUAAAGCUAACAUAACUCCACUAAAUGCACUAUAAUUGAAUACAAACUGGCCGGCAGUAAAAUGAAGCACAUAAACAGAAAUUCAUGUUUCAACAGAUUCAUGUUUCUGAUCAGUUUCUAAUUAGCUUAGCCAUCAAUGAGAGAAAUUUAUCAGAACUCUUGAACAAAUAACAGCAUCUGUGCUCCCCACCCGUAAGUGUGACCUGAGACCACUACGUGAAUAUUAUGUCAUUUUUUCCCGCACGUUGGCUGUUAUUGCAUGUUACUUUUAUUAGCUAUCAUCCUAUUAUGUCUAAUGUAAGAGCUAUACAUCACAUCUGCCACCAAAAACACACCCACAUUUCCAGUUAUGUCUAUUAACUUCUAUAUCUCUGCCACAGGUGAGCACUGGACGAAUGCACUUGUUCACAGCCAUCCAGAUCGUGUGCCUCGCAGUUUUGUGGAUUGUGAAGUCCAGUCCGGUAUCCCUUGCACUCCCCUUUAUUCUUAUACUCACCAUCCCGUUGCGCAUGGUCAUGACUGGUCGUUUCUUCACUGAACUGGAAAUGAAAUGUGUAAGCAGUAACCUUAUCACAGCAUAGUUGUGCAGAUUAGUCCAUAAAGUUUUGCUGAAUAUGUGUGUUAGAGCAUUAAUGUUUCUGUGAAUGUUUUGCUUUAUAGUUGGAUGCUGACGACGCAAAAGUGACCUUCGAGGAGGAGCCAGGGCAGGAUGUAUACUGUGAAACUCAGAUGCCACUGUAGACAUCUUAAAGGCAACUGUAACUACAUCUUAUUUAAACAAAAAGAUAUUUAUUUUGUUUGUAGCUCAAACCAUCCAACAUGCUUUGAGCAAUUUUUUCAUACAAGAUGCAAAGAUACAUAGGGUAUCGAUAUGAGUAUCGUAAAGCUCUCAUAAAAUCUUUUUGGAUGAACUUUACUAAGGAAUAUUCAACAAUCACUCAGGUUAAUUAUUUUCUUUUCAUCUUUUUAUUUCUUCAGCUUGUGGCUCACACACAUCUAAAGCUAAAAUUAUUAAUGAGACUGAAGUGUUUUAAUAAAAAAAAAUAUGCAAAAGUUUUUAAAAAUUAUUUAAACAACAUGAAAUGAAAAACAAUAGAAAUUUGUAACGACUGAAUGUUGGUUAUUAAUUAUAAGGAUGUCAAAGGUCAAUUUUAUUUAGGUUGAAUGUAACAUUGAAAGUAACCAUGUAACAAGUGCCUCUUAAGCUCUUGUUGUGUUUCCUUUAUUUGAGUUAAAAUACUUUAACAAUAACAAUCAAAUUUGUAACACUGGAGAGCAAAAGCACAUUAUAAGAGGUAAAUAUUGCAUAUUUGGUGUGGUGGUAAAAUGUAAUUUGUGAUAUGUUGCCAUCUUUUUGUCACCUUUCAAUAAAUUAAAAACCUACCUCCAAAAGACCUUUUUUAUGAACUCUAUUUUUUUUUUUGGAUACUUAAAAACAAAGUAUUCACUUUUCCAUACAAUUUCCCAAUUCUAAAAUACUUGUGCUAUUGUUUUAUAUUUAUCCCACUGUUUGCACAAUACUUUGAUCCCAAACACAUUAACACAAUGCAAACAAAUUUAUUAUGUUAUUUCUAAAUGACAGGAUUGGUGACAAUUAGGAGAGUUGUAUUCCUAUAUAAAGAUUUUUCUCUAUGAAUAAGAUGAUUGUUUCUGAUCGACUGUACAGUCAGUAAAAGGUGUUAAUUUCAAAGAAAUAUGCUACAUACCAAUAAAAUACCAAGUGUUUUUAAUACACAUUAUAAGCAUUUUUUUCACAUAUUAUAUAUUCCCCGGCGUUAUCUAAUGUAAACUUAAUUAUUGAGAUUACUGAGAAACAUAAUACUUUACGACUCAAGAAGAAGAGGGAGCAGCAGGUCAUUGGCUGAUUUCCGUGACGGUUUUUCCGUAUCAGUUUCUGAUUGGUUGCUUGCUCAGGGACGAUCCGCCUACUCAACACAGACAUGCUCCACAUGCUCUCUGCUAAAAACAUGAAAUUUGACUUCUUUCACACAGUGCCAUGAGUUGUUUUGGAGUCGACUGGUAAAAGUAACUUCAGUUACGGUAAGCCACUUCUUAAAGUGUCACUCAAAAUAAACCGUUCUCCGUCAAAUUGUCCAAAACUUUACUGGGUUUUAUAGUAGAGCUAACCGGCUAAUGUUUCAGGAUACAGUCUUUAAGUACAUCUGUAAGACAUGAGCAAAAGCUCAUAUCGUAAAGAUAAACUGUGGUUAAAAUCAUAGAAAUGAGGAAUUCAUAUGGGGAGGGACGUAGAGAAUAGGGCUCAGUAUGCAUCCCUGGGGGUUACCAAUGACCAGGAUGGGGAUAGAAGAUAUCUAAAACGGUUAGAGGGUCACGUUAUCAUAAAUUUAAUCACUUUUUAUGUAAAACCUUUGCGUAAAUAAAGCUAAUAGCACUUAUAAGGUGUGUGUGCUUUUCUCCGUAGCAAUGGUUUUGCUCUGUUCUACCCAAAGCAAGAAGGACCCAUUCCAGGACACACUGCAAAUAACUGCGUGCUAAACAAUGGCAAGCUUUAACUGAAAAGCAGAGGCAAGAGUACAGCAACCGCUGCAGUGAGGUAAAAAAAAAUACACAUUUGGUCGGUUUCAUUUGGAUGAUUCUUUAAUGACUUUCUUAUUAACUGCUCAAACACAGACUUCUUUGAAAAUCUUUGACUUUUCUUUUCAGUUAAAGAAAGAGUACUCAGUCAGAUUGAAGACGUAUCAAAUGGUAAGUCACUCACAAGAUAGUUGCAGCAUUAAGUCAAAGAUGGCUGGGUUUUUUGGAUAGUUUUUAUGCUCCUCAGAGUUUGGAUGAGACAGAGAGAAAGAAGAUUUAAAGAAAAAUGGUGAGAAGUAGCAAAUUUUGGAUUGAACAGUGUUUUAAAGCUAACAAUUGUUCUUCCCCUUUUUCUUCAUAUCACUAAGCUUUAUAUAGACAGAUUGACGUGUGUCAGAUUGUUAGUUCUUUGUGUCUUCAGCAGAAAAAACACAAGACUGAUCUCAUCACUGUCAUGUCAUACAUGUUCAGGGGAAAAGAAAAGAAAAGCCCCGAGAGAAGGGAUUCCAAGAACCCACAAUGCCAUCUAGGUGAGCAAACAGUUUCUUUUUGAGACUUACUCACGUUUAACAAACACAUCAAGUCUCCAUUUGCCUCACAGAUUUGUGAUUAUUUCUGUCUUUCCUCACAGAACUGGGUAUGUGACUUUCUUGCAAGAUCAGAUGGGACUUGUUGAGAAGAAAUUAGCAAACUCAAGGAAGUACAUCAGGAAAGUCGACCAAAUGUGGCAUGACCUACCCUCUGAGGAGAAGGAAAUCUACCAAGAAAAAAUGAAACAAAAUAUGAAAAAGUAUUCACAGGAGCUGCAGGAGUGGUUUAAGGUCAUUUUAAGCUUCCUUUUUUGUCCAGAUUUAUUAUUUUUAUUUGAUAAGGGUAGUUCUCUAAAAAAUUGUCAUCUUUCUGAUUCUUCAGAUAUUGACGCCAGCAAAGCAGAAACGCUUUCUUAGAUGUUACCCCAAUGUAAGGACUCACAAAAAACUGAAUGACCUAUUUGUAAUGUUUUUUUCAUUUUUUUUUUCAAGAUUUUUAACAUACUUAUCUUUGCAGAAAAAACAAUACCUUGUGGUCACUGACACAGAAAGUCACCCCAAGCACAGGACAUCAGUAAGUUCAGAUACUCAACUAAAGCAAAUGCAGUCUGGCACUCCCUUUACCAUCACAGCAAUCAUUUCCCUGGAUGACACAAGUUACUUUAUGUUUUUCGGCAAGUUGUUGACUUUGAAGACUACAGCUGUUGUUUACUUGAGUCCUAUCUUUAGAUUAUUAACAGUUGAUGAUAAUUUGUAACUUUUUGAUAUAGAUAUAUUCUUUUCGUUGCAUUUUGGAUUUAAAAAAGCUCCUUCACAGUCUGUGUUAUUUGUGUCUCAGGAUUCAGAAGAUGAAAACAUUGAAAGCAGCAGCGAUGAAGUGGACUUUUCAGAGGUUACUAUGUCUAAGUACUUUUUUUCUCACUUAAUUUGUGACUCUUCAUUCAGGCCUGUUACAUAAAUACCACUUUCUGGUUCAUAGGGUGAGGAACUGGAGGGAGACGGACAAGGUGACAUGUUCAAAAUGUAUUAA